AUGCGUAUUGAAGAAGUAAACAGCACAACAAAGUCUCAAAGAAUUGCUGCUCACAGUCAUGUACGAGGGCUGGGAUUGGAUGAGAACGGUGAACCACUGCAGAACGCUGCUGGUUUGGUUGGGCAAGUUGCCGCUCGUGAAGCUGCUGGGAUAGUAGUCGAAAUGAUUCGGUCCAAGAAGAUGGCAGGUCGUGCUGUUCUAAUGGCAGGUCCUCCUGCUACUGGGAAGACAGCGAUUGCUUUAGCUAUCUCACAGGAAUUGGGUAGUCGGGUUCCCUUCUGCCCCAUGGUCGGCAGUGAGGUCUUUUCAUCUGAGAUAAAGAAAACAGAAGUUCUUAUGGAGAACUUCCGUCGAGCCAUCGGACUGCGCAUAAAGGAAGUCAAGGAAGUUUAUGAGGGCGAAGUCGUAGAAUUGACACCUGUUGAAACAGAAAACCCAACAGGAGGAUACGGAAAAACGAUAAGUCAUGUCAUUAUAAGUCUCAGGACUGUUAAAGGUGUCAAACAACUGAAGUUGGAUCCGUCUAUUUAUGAAAGCCUUCAGAAGGAGCAUGUUGAGGUUGGGGACGUUAUUUACAUUGAGGCAAAUUCUGGCGCGGUUAAACGUCAGGGCCGUUGUGAUGUCUACACGGCUGAAUAUGACCUAGAGGCUGAUGAAUAUGUCCCACUUCCAAAGGGUGAUGUGCAUAAGAAAAAGGAGGUUGUUCAAGACGUUACUCUACACGACUUGGACAUAGCGAAUGCUCGACCGCAAGGGGGUCACGAUAUAGUUUCGAUGAUGGGGCAGUUGAUGAAACCUAAAAAGACCGAAAUUACGGAUAAACUACGCAAAGAAAUCAACAAAGUUGUAAAUAAGUACAUCGACCAAGGAAUGGCUGAGCUUGUGCCUGGCGUCCUUUUCAUUGAUGAAAUUCAUAUGUUUGAUAUCGAAUGCUUUACUUACCUUCACCGCGCUUUGGAGUCGACUAUCGCGCCCAUCGUCAUCUUCGCCACUAAUCGUGGAAAAUGCCCUAUCAGGGGUGCUGAAGAUAUUAUUUCUCCGCAUGGUCUGCCGCUUGAUCUUCUUGAUCGUGUCAUGAUUAUCCGCACAAUGCCGUAUACGUUUGCCGAGACCUUGGCCAUCCUCCGAAUUCGGGCGGAGACUGAGCGUCUUAAAGUUUCCGAGGAAGCUUUCCAACGUCUUGCCACCAUUGCAACUGAAUCCACACUUAGGUUCGGCAUACAACUACUGACACCUGCAUCCCGGCUGGCUCGGUUGACGGAUAGUGAAGAAAUUACGCCGGACCACAUAAUCGAAGUGAGCUGUCUCUUUUUGAACGCCAAACAAUCGGCUAAGGUGCUUGCUGAACAUGACAGCCAGUUCCUCAAGUGA